GAAAACAUUUAUGGAAAAGUUAAAAACAAUGUUUAUUGCUACUACUUCAUCGACGUGUAUCUGCAAACAUUGCUCAUAAAACAUACGUGUCCAAGCGCACGACGUCGACUUAUGUUUGUUUUAAAAUACAUACUCAAACACGUGUAGGUAUAUCAAUGUGUAAACGAUUGUCUAGAAAGAAAAUUACGAUAUAACAUCUUGCAUGAUCAUAAAAUCUAAUUAAGCGCCAUAUUAAAUAAUCACAUGUGAAGCAAUGAAUAUAUUCCUAUAAUAUAAUAUAUUUUUAUGAGUAGUAAUAUAUCAAAUGAUUAAAUAUAAGAGAAACAUCAUUGAUCAUUUUAUAUAACACUAUUUUUGAUUACAAUAUUUAUAAUGAUCGAAUUUUGAUCUUUGAUUUAGAAAAAAGUUGUAGGUCAGAGUUACUUUCCAAAACUUUCCAACAGAAUUAUUCGAGAUCGUGGGUGUAUCAGAAAGUUUCGUGUUACUGCCACUUCAUGUUACGGAAGGUCAACAACAACACGACAUUACAAAUGCAGCGGAUAUGAUAUAAUUAGUAGGUAACCAUAAAUUGCAACUGACAGAAAUGCAAAACCUGUUGGAUCGUUUAACUUCAAUUAGUUUAUUUAACCAGGAAAUAAUUCAGCAGCAACUUCGAAAGUACAGUUUCUAUGGCGCCUUUUUUUUUGUAAGCUAUAAUGAAAAUAAACAGGUAGUCGGUUCUUGUUAUUUCAGUAUGUUUCAUUGACCUUAGUGAGCUGAAUAUAAGCUAAUGGAACAAUUAUUAUUUUAAUUAUCCAUCAUUUUUUUCAGAAAUCGUAUUUGAAAAGUAAAAGGAGAAAUAAUAUCUUUUUUAUUUGUGGUUAUUCUCUUUCAUUUCAAGUGGAAUUUAACCUCGUGUAUUCAGUAUUCCAAGCAUUCUUCAUAAGUAAACUGUUUAUAAAUAGACAAGUAGAAACCACAGACCAUUAACAACCACCAAAUUCACAGAAUUUUCAUUCUUCUUCAAUCUUUUCAAAAAUAGCGUUUCAAAUUUGAAAUCGUUGCUCCUCUUAAAUAAACAAUUCACAGUACUUUUCUUAUGAUCGAAAGCGUGGAGACUUUCGCCGAAGAAUUUCUUCUACUAUAUUACAUAAACGACAAUGAUUGUUAAGUUCAACUAAGCGAUUUAUCUCGCGUUGAGUUUUUGUUGUAUCAUAGUCUUAAAAAAAGAAGAAAAGAAACAGAUAACAUUUUUUCAAACGGAGCACAGAGUGAGAAGAGCACCAUGAAAAGGAUGUGUCAGACAAAAAGAUAUUUUUGUCAGAGGCCAUGGGUGUCACGCCGAUAAUAUCACAGAGUGCCACUAGAAUCGUUUUUGUCACAAUACGUAUAUAUGCUUGGUAUAGUAGCCGCAUUUGAAGUCCCGAGCUGAAGUAUCAGUGCAUUUCAAGAUGCUCUACGUGACCAUCUCUCUUCUCCUUAUACUUCUUUUUAUGUUUGGCGUUUAUGAUUGCAUCAAACCGCACAACUUUCCUCCUGGUCGGUGAACAAUCAAUGUGUCCAAAAUGGUUGCCAGUGAUCGGUUGCUUCUUCACGUUUCGACGAUUGAAACUGAAACACAAAUACACUUAUUUGGCUCUUCAAGAUCUGACGAAAACCUACGGGCCGAUUCUGGGCCUGAAAUUAGGGAAUCAGAAAGCCGUUGUGAUUUCGACGUACGAUCUGGUAAAAAAAGUUCUUCUUCAGGAAGAAUUCAAUGGAAGACCGGAUGGAUUCUUUUUCAGAGUCCGUGCGUUUGGAAAAAGGAAGGGAAUUUUAUUCACGGAAGGACCAAUGUGGUCUCAGUGUCGUCGUUUCACGAUGCGCCACCUUAGAACCUUUGGCCUAGGUCAAGCAAUUAUGGAGCAACAGCUGAUUGUCGAAGCUGAUAAUCUUGUGAAUUACCUUCUUCGUGCCAGUGUCAAAGGUCCAGUACCAAUGCAUACAGCUUUCGAUAUUGCAGUUUUGAAUUCUCUUUGGUUUAUGUUCGCUGGACACAGAUUUGACUAUGCAAACGAGAAAUUAGUAGAAAUUCUCGAGACCGUCCACGAUGCCUUCAGAUUGAUGGACACAAUGGGUGGCAUUGUUUCGCAAAUGCCAUUUCUACGCUUCAUGAUACCAGAAUUAUCUGGUUACAAUGAUUUAAUGAGAAUACUUCAGAAACUUUGGAAUUUCUUAGACGAGGAGAUUAAUAUCCACGAAAAACGACUGUCUGGAAAUCAACCGCAGGAUUUAAUUGAUGCUUUUCUUUUAGAGAUUUCUUCAAAAAAUACUGAGCAAGGUGAUUCCAUUUUUGAUCGGGAAAAUUUAUUGGUCCUAUGCCUGGACCUCUUUUUAGCCGGUUCAAAGACUACGACAGAUACCUUAGCGACCACUUUCCUAUUUUUAUCUUUACACUCUGAAUGGAUUAAGAUACUCCAGGAAGAACUAGAUAUCGUCGUAGGUAGAUUAAGAUCGCCUACUUUAGAAGAUUAUUCAUCGCUACCUUUGAUGGAAUCGUUUCUUGCGGAAGUACAGAGAUAUUUGAUCUUGGCGCCACUUGGAGUACCUCACAAGACCAUGAAGGACGUAACUUUCAGCGGAUAUAGUAUACCCAAAAAUACUAUAAUUCUCCUGGAUUUCCAUAGUGUGCUAAAUGAUCCAACAUAUUGGGACCAUCCAGAAGAGUUUCGACCACAGCGAUUUCUCGACGCAAAUGGCCGAUUCUGUCAAAAUAAUGCUAGCAUACCAUUCGGUUUAGGUAAAAGACGUUGUCCGGGUGAAAUGCUAGCCCGGACAUCCUUAUUCUUAUUCUUCGCCUACGUUAUACAUUACUUCGACAUUGAAAUUUCACCAGAGCACGGCAAACCCGAUCUAAAUGGAUACGAUGGUUUCACUAUAUCACCGAAAUCUUAUUACCUCAAGCUUACGGCGAGAUCUGACGUUAUAAACUGCGCUACAAUUGACAAGGAAAUAUUUGACAGGCAUGUUGAAACCUAAUAUAAAAGGACUGAAUCGCCACGUGGCGUGCGAGCGAAGGUACAUUUGGACUUCUGCGAAACGAACUGAUUUCGUCGAACACGUAAAACGACCCGUAAAGCGACUUUCACGCGGUAGAAACAAUAAACAAUAUUCAAGAGAAAAAUUUGUUGAAGUCAAACAAACCGAGCUUCUAUCCACGGGUGGAGCUACUUCAAAACAGAGAAACGUCACAUUUAACGUGCAUCGGCAACAUCUUUAUCAUUGAAACAAUAAAUCGAACAAAUAAAAAUAGGUAUAUCCAGCCUGGAUACUAAAACAAA